CCCUCCCGGAGGACCUCGGGCGCUGUUUCUUCGCAAACGAUGCCCGCAAAAGGUGCCCUCCACCUGCGGUGGAGGGGUGGCCGCUAGAUGCGCGCGAAACCAAACCCACUAUUGGCGGAAGUUGGGAUGGAAGGGACGGCGGUCUCAUAUAUGUUCGACCACGCACGCUCCACAAGCACUUGGAGCUUGUGACACGCGGUCCAAGGCCACGGGCGGGCGGUCAAGAUCAGGAAGGUAAAAAAAAAAAAAAAAAAAAAAAAACAAGAAGAAUACCUUGCGAAGGCACGACGAGGGCGACGGACGCGAGUUCGCAGUCAUCGGCGAAGUCAUCGGUGCGCGCGAAUCUCCUGGUGACAGUGCGCCUCGAUCUCGGUGAAGAUCUACGAACCAGCCGGACACCAUGAGGACGCUCACGUCGUCGAUCUGCCUCUUGGUCCUCCUCGGGCUUACGCCGCACGUCCGCUGCGAGCGGCCGACGGAGGAGAGCGCUCGUGACAAGGAGGACGGCAUCCUGGAGUGUAUAUUCGAGGACAACAGCAGCAACUGCCUGAGGACGAGGCUGGCUCGCGACCUGGACGAGAUCGAGCGGGAGGUCACCGGCAAGAAGGGCGAGCCGCCAAUGAGCGUGGUGCUCGAACAAGCUGGCGGUACGAUCGCGGAGGUGAUCGAGGAUCUGCAGGAGACCGGCGUGGAAGGAAUCAUCGGGGAGGACGAGAAGAUAGAAGAGGCGCGCAAGAUCAAAUUCGGCAAGAAGAAGAAGAAGAGGCAGCUGCAGAAGCUGCUGGGCCUGGCGAUGCUGUUGAAAGCGAAGCUCAGCCUGCUGCUGCAGAUCAUCAGCACGCACUUCCAGCUCAAGUUCUUCGUCAUCGCCAUCAUCUCCCUGCUGAUAAACGCCACGAGAUUCUGGCUGGAGCUGAAGAAGAGUCACCCGGCCAAGGUGAUAUACUACGAGCACGCGCAGCAUCAGCACCACUACGAUCACGAUCACGAUCACGAUCACGAUCACGGUUACUGGGGAAGAUCGUCGAACGAGACCCCCAUGGAUCUCGCUUAUCGCGCUUACGUGCCCGCGGAGUGACGUCGAGCCUGAAGUGGCGGGCCGGAAGUGGAUCCUGCGGCGGAAGGAUCGAAGGGGCAGCGGUCGAACGACGGAUCGAGCGCGAGUCUCGUCGUUGAAGGGACCUUCCUUUAUUUAUUGUAGAAAUAAUGAGAAAUUUACUCUCGCAGCCCGAGAGAGUGCGGCACUCACGCACUCGCACACACGGCGGCGCGUUAUUCGUCCUUUAUUUAUUUAUUUAUUUAAGUUAUCGUCCCGUCGUCGCGGGAAUGUUUCAUUAACAAGGGGUGAUUCGGAUCUCUUUCCCCUUCCUCUCUGUCUCUCUCCCUCUGCGGAUCGCGAAAGCCAAAAUCACCAUCACGUAUGCCGAAAGCACAGCCGACCCCAAAGCGUCUCAUCAUCGCCUUGAAUCAUACCAAAGUUACUUACGAGUACCUGUACGCUAGCUCGCCGCAUGGGCGAUUCGUUAGGAAGCAGCUAUUGUAAUUAUCGUAAGCGCGUAAUCAGUCGUAUCGUGAUUCGGCAAACGACAAGCGAGUCUUCACCGUUGAGCGUCUCUGCGCGCACGGUAACGCUCGCGCGAAACAAAGAAAGCAUCCUCGAAGUUUCCUCAUAUACAACAAUAGUAAUUUGUAACGGAGAACAACGGAUUCAUUUCUGCAGGACCUUGUACGUACGAAAAGUUUUGAUAAUAAACUAUACGAGUACACACAA